UACUAUCCGGUUUAGCUUACUCGAUCAAUCGGUUAGGGUCUUAAUUAGAGUUUCAGUUUCCUUCUUCGUUCAUCCCACUAACACUGAAAAUCGUGAAGCUCGCCGCCGUUCCGACAAUACUCAGCAGCUGUUUCCGUCUAACAGGUCCUUCUCUCUCUCUCUAUUACAGAUCUCACAGAGUCCUACACGGAUCAAAAUAGAGAGAAGAAGAAGGAAGUAGAAUGGAAUCGAAACCCAGUGGACCAGUAGUGUUGACGGCGGAGGAAGAAGCCUUUCUGAAGGAAGGAAUUCAUUUGGAGCUUCCACAGUGGACUGCCAUGAAAGCCGCCGUCGAUAACGGUUGGGGCGGCCGUGAUUCUCAUGAGAAAGCCAACCGCACAUUAUCCAACGUUGUCGAUUACUUCAUCCAUCUUAAAGAUCCAACGACGGGGUUUGAUGGAUUAGCUGAUAUUCUUGAGAAUGGUCUUUAUGAGCUCAAUACUGUCGCUGAUGAUGGAAGUCUCGAAGAAGUGACAGAGACGUUACUAGAUUGGUAUUAUGAAUGCCUUGAAGGCAACUACCAGAGGCUUGAGAAACUGAGGGCUACUAGUUCUCAAAGGAGGGCCAGUGUUGUCAAGGUUUCAAACGGUAACGAUGAGGAUGAUGAGGAAAGCGAUGAUGAUGAUGAUGAUGAUGAUGAAGAUGAGGAUACAAACAUGAACGAUGAUCAAACCACAGACAUGAUGGUGGAUGCAUCUGAGCAGAAACCAGAAGCGAUGCCGGUUGAUGAACCAAUAGCCGAUGAUGGCUGGACGACCGUUCCUUGUAGAAAAAACAAGGGCAAGAGAAGAAACUAAACGGUUUUAGGUUCUAAUGGUGUUGUGUAAUGCUUAACAGUUUUGGUUGUUUUCACACUAAACACACAUUUCUAAACGAAAUCGCAAGGUUUCCUUAUUAUUAUAUUCAA